CUAGUAAGUCCUCGUGCCCCUCCCCAGGCUUAUAAAGGUCACCGAGCCAGGCAGUUGAGCUCACUUGCCUGGCGGCGGCGCAGAGUCACAGCUACUUGGUCGGCUCCAGCCCCUGGGUCAGCCCAACUCCAUCCAGCUCAGCAGCAGGCUCCUGGCUCCCGCCCGCCCGCCCGCCCGCACUCUGCAAACUGCCCAGAGGGAGGAGGAUGGAGACGCUCUCUGCCGCUCGAGUCACGGCGCUGCUCUGCCUGGGUUUUUACCUUCUCCAAGGGGUUAUCAGCACAACCGUGAUUCCAUCAUGCAUCCCAGGAGAGUCCGAGGACAACUGCACAGCUCUAGUUCAGACGGAAGACAAUCCCCGUGUGGCACAAGUGUCAAUCACCAAGUGCAGCUCUGACAUGAACGGCUACUGCCUGCACGGACAGUGCAUCUACCUGGUGGACAUGAGUGAAAACUACUGCAGAUGUGAAGUGGGCUAUACUGGUGUCCGGUGUGAACACUUCUUCCUCACCGUUCACAAACCCUUGAGCAAAGAAUACGUCGCCCUGACAGCGAUUCUCAUUCUCCUGUUCUUUGUCAUCACCGCUGGGUCCAUAUACUAUUUCUGCAGAUGGUACAAACAUCGAAAAAGUAAUAAAUCAAAGAAGGAAUAUGAGAGAGUAACUUCCGGAGACCCCCCGGUGCCACAAGUCUGAACAUCACCAUGAAGUUUUGAACUGGGAUGCAUAGCAUGCCUGGUUAAUGUCAAUAUUUCAUUAUAUUAAUAAUAUUUAUGUUGGGUCAUCUGUUAGGUCAAUAACUGUUUAUUUUUUAAUGUAUUUGGAAAGUGUUUUAUUUUUGACAGGCUAUUUGUUAAUAUAUUAUAUGUAAAGUAUUUAAUAUCAAAAGAAAAUUGAUAUUUUUGUAAGAAUUUCCUGAGUGAAAUGCUUUAUUGAAAAGCAUCAAAGCUCAGUGAGCUGGAGCUACACUCAGAGUCAGCCAUGCCCAGCCUGUUGCAAGUGCCAUUCCGGUGGGCCUAAAUAAUAAGGUCAAAUCAAUUGUGUAAAUAAUUUAUUUUCUGCUUCUCAGAUCUGUGACAACUGAUUUGACUAUAUCAUGGCUUGGCACAGAGGUUGACACCAUUACUUCAUGUAUUAAAACAGUAAUAAGGGGAGGUAAACACAACUUGUGUGCCUCACACCACACCCGUGAGCCAACGAAUCCUGGAGAGGAUCUCUCCUCAGCAUCCCUGCUAUUUGGUACAGACAUGCCUAGAGGGGCCAAGGACAAGGCCUGUGCUAACCAACCUGAAGCACGGGUAUCCCGUUUAUCAUUAAUGUGAAGUCCUUCUUGAACAUCAAUCAGAAAAGCCACAUUUGAAGAAAAUUUGAACUCCAUUUUAGAUUAUUUAUUGUUAUAGGAUUAAAUCAGAAUCCCAAAUCAAAUUAAUCAUAAUUUUAAAAUACAGCGGGUUGCUAGUCAGAUCUUGUCUAACAUGGAAAUGUACUUUUUAUUUUAUAUUUAAGAGGUUUUGUUUGCUUGUUUUGCUUUUUUUUUUUUUUUGCUGUUGUUGUUGUUUUUCUUUUUUAACCCAGAGUUUCACUCUUUUGAUCAGAGUGGCUCCAAACUCAUGACAAUUCUCCUGCCUUAGCCUCCCUGGCUCUGGGAUUAUAGGCCCACAUUACCAUGCCUAGUUUCAAGAGAAUUUUCACAGACAACUAGUUCAGCAAAUACCUUAUUUCAGAUUUUAAAGUUCCAUUUUAAAAACAUGGGCCCUCUCCCUGUCAUUUGUUUGCAUUUAUGGAAAGAGAGAAGUUAGUCUCUGCUCCCGGCCUGUAGGUCUCUGUCUGUGAGUCACUCACUUAUUCUGUAUGGUUGCCUCGGGAUUCCCUGCCGCACGCCUUUGCCUUUCCUGGGAGGCUGCCUAACCGAAGGCUCAACCUUAGGUGGAAUCUCUCUGGAGCACAUUCCAGGCCAGGGAGAGUCUAUUCUUCCUCCACCUUUUUCCUGGCAUGUGCUAGGGCAGCCAAGCCAUUGUGAGUUGCCUCUGACCUCUAGAGUGCAAGGGAAGAAAACAUUCCUGCCCUAAGGAGCCACUCAUGGAAAACCCUGGAAGGCUCACACAGCUCGCAUCCAAAGUCCAGGCCUUACUAUGUGGGGAAGCAGCAGAUGAAAGAAGGAACGCACACUGCAUUGCUGUGCACACGCUUGUGCAUACAUCCGCGCCACACCUUGCAGAACUACAGCUGUUUAUUUCUGCAUUAGCCAACAUAUUUACUUCUAAGAAGACAAAGGCAAAUGAAGGUCAGUGAUAUUUAAAGGUAUAUUUCUUUGUCAUUUUAUUUAGCUAAAGUCUAAGGUCCUGAGUAAGAACACAUUUUAAAUCCCAUUGGUACCAACUGGACAGAGAGAAACCUGGCCUGUGUUAAGUGACCUUGACUUCUCCAGAUGAAAGUUUAAAGCUCACCAAGAACUGAGCUAGAAUAGAGCCAGUUAAUUUACAGAUGCCAAAUAAGGCUUU